AAAGUGGCAGAAAGCAAAAAUGAUGACAAAAAUUACAAAGUUAGAAUGAAUGAAACACAAACUACCAAGAAUGAAAGAGGCGACACGUCACAAGAUUCUGACUACGAAAAAGUAAAUUCAUCAGAAAGUCUGUGUGGAAAGCAGAAGAAAGUGGCAGCAAGCCAAAAUGAUGACAAAAAUUCCAAAGUUGGAAAAAAGGAAACACAAAAUUCCAAGACUGGAAUAGGCAACACGUUGCAAGGUUCUGACCACAAAAAAGUAAACUUGUUAAAAAAUCUGUCUUCAAAGCAGAAGAAAGUGGCGGAAAGCAAGAAUGAGUACAAAAAUGAUGAAGUUGAAAUGAAGGAAACUCAAACUUCCAAGAAUGAAAGAGGCAACUUGUCACAAGGCUCUAACAACAAAAAAGUAAAUGCAGUAAAAAAUCCAUCUGCAAAGCAGUGCAUUGUCACACCGGAUGGUAAACGUCAAAACACCAGCGCAUUAAUUGCAGGAAGCCCUUCAAAGCUUAUAAAGAUAAAUAGUACUACAGGACAAACUCCUCAAUUCGCAAAGUUGAGCUUGUCAAGAGAUAACAAGAAAAUCAGCACUGUUCGUUCAGCAUUAUUCAAAGAUAAGGAGUUAUCACCACCCCGUCGUCGAAUAAAAUUAGAAGAACAAGCGUUAUCAGACAAUGAGGAAAUAUUACAUAGCUUGUCGGAUGAUGAAAAAGUGAGCUCUGACAGUGACAAAGAAGAACUUUCAAUGAUUAAUAAUUAUGAUGACGUAUCAAUCAUUUCGGAUCCAAUGAGUGACUUGGAAUCACAGGUGAAUGAACAGCUAUCAGCUGAUGAACGUGAUAUAGAAGUAGGCGAUUUGCUAUCAGAUUCUGAAAAUCAUACCGAGCACCAAAACAGCGAAUUGGAAUCGAACGAUGAAAGUGAUUCGGAACUCAAAACCUUUGAACAAAAAUCAGACUCUAUAAGUGAUACCGAAGACGAAACGAAUGAACACCUUUCAGAUAAUGAAAAUAUUAUGUCGGACAAAACCCAAUGGAAAAUGAAAGAUCUUGUGCAGGACUCCUCAAAAAAGAAGUAUGGAAACGUGAGAAAAAUUGCAGACAUUUCGCCGCAGAUCGGAAACUUUUGGGCUAUUAGAGAUGAUACGUCUAUAAGUAAUACAUCAGACGAAGUUCUUACCCAAACCGAAUUAAUGACAAUACCAGAUAAAGUUGCCCAAAAAUUUAUGGAUAAAAUGUCUCGUGGCCCAACAUUUACCUGCAUGUGUUGUGACUUCAAGCAUUUUAAGGAGGCAGUUUCCCACAUCAGUAAACAUUCACGUCUUUUAUCUAACUGUACAGUGCCAGAGUCUUCUUAUCGGAGUAUUCAAAAUACACCUCACAUCUGCUUAAGAUGCUUAAAAUCUUUAGAGAAAAAAAAGUUGCCCCCUAUUGCUGUUGCAAACGGACUAGCUUUUCCUAAUGUUCCAAGUUGUGUACGAGAUCUAUCAUCGUUAGAAGAGCGAAUGAUUAGUCCUUUUGUUCCCUUUAUGCAAAUAAGAGAACUCACACCUUAUUCAUUAAACCCCCAGUUAGGAAUAAAAGGAUCAAUAGUGCAUAUCCCAAUCGAUUUAAAUACAGUUUUUAAACAAAUAUUACCUAGAUCAUUUGACGACAUGUACAUAAUAUUACUUCAGUUUAAAAGAUGCUUGCACCAUUCGUCAAAUUAUUUAUUUGAAACGAUACGUCCCUUUAAAAUCAUAAAAGCUCUUCAAUAUUUAAUUAACACACCCUUGUACAAGAAACAUAAAAUUAAGAUAGAUCCAGAAUUUUUCAACCGAUAUUCAGAAUAUCCAGAUGCCGAGGUAAUGUUUGCAAAUGACAAGGAAAUCAUGUCAUAUUUAACAGAGUUAUUUCAAAAUUUAAAACUUAACGAUGAGAGUGCCGAAAAAGGCAAAGCAAAUGAUAAUCAAUCCCAAGACAGUGAACCAAUUACAGAUACUCAUAACAACGCAGAUCAAGAGAUCUUACUUCAAAGCGGCCAGUCGCUACUUCAGAAUAGGGCUAAAAUAACAAUUGCUCCCGGUGAGAAUAUGACUCCAAUUUCUUCAAAUACAGAAGAUGUUGCAUUCCUCUGCCACCCAAAAAUCUACGGUGGCCAUUCUUAUAAUUUAAUACAAACUCUUACCUUGAAAGAGAUUGCUAAAUCUGAAAUACUAAAAUCAGACAGGAGAGCGUGUGAACCAAAAAAAUUAUUGUACACAGCGCAUACCAUAAUUGAGAAACAAAUUUCAUCAAAAGUUAACAUUGCUGUUCGAAGAUGUAAAUCAAAAACUAUUACUAAAAGUGAAAUUAACGACGUAGACAAAUUGCAAAAUUUAUGCAAAGAUGAUGCAGCCUAUUAUUUACUACAAGAUGUACGACCAACACCAGCAUUUUCAGAGCGAAAAAAAAAAGAUCUAAUAGCCAUGUAUCGUCAGUUAGGCAAACCUACAAUUUUUCUAACUUUGUCUGGCGCUGAAAAACAAUGGCCAGAACUUUUAUCAAUCCUGUACCAUAAUGUCCAUAAUGUAAAUAUUACAAUUGAAGAAGCUACACAGUUAGAUGAUUCUAAAAUCGCGUACUUAAUUCAACAAGACCCAGUGACAUGCGCCCGUUAUUUUGAUUAUAAAAUCCGCAAUUUCUUCACAAUGAUACUUCAAAAUCCCCAAGGACCAUUUCAUGAAUAUCCUCUGAUAGAUUACUUUUACCGAACUGAAUUCCAAAAUCGUGGAAGUCCACAUAUUCACGCCUUUUUAUAUUUGAAAAAUGCACCUAAGUUUAGUAAAGAUUACAAAGAACACUUGGUUGAAAUAUUGGCUUUUAUUAAUCGUUUCAUCACAGCACGUGCAAGUAACUUGACAAAUCUUCAAAUGCACAAGCAUACUCACACUUGUUUUAAAGGUAAAAACAAACAUAAAAAAAUUUGUCGAUUCAAUUUCCCAAGGCCUAUUUUUGACACAACAAUCAUCUUAGAGCCUGAAACACUAAAGAAAAAACAGGACGUAGAAAACUGGAAACUGAUUGAAGCAGCCUUGAAAGAAUUGUCUCACCGUGAUCAUGCAACAGAAGCGGCAUUGACUUUAGACGAUUUUCUACAAAAGAGACUGAAUUCCAUGUCUUUUGAUGAAUACAUUCGAGCAAUCAAGUGUUCAAUCAAAACUACAACCAUUUUUUUAAAACGUAACAGUCACGAGAUAAACAUAAACAAUUACAAUUAUGACAUUUUAAAGUUGUUCUCCUCAAACAUGGACAUACAAAUAGUUAUUGAUGAGUAUGCUUGUGCAUCAUACAUAAUAAAUUACCUAACUAAAUGUAACUCUGAGGUUUCAAGAAUUUUACGCAUGAUCUCAGAAGAGUCUCAAUCCGAAAAUACAGCCGCGUCUUUCCGAAAAAAAUUAUACAAAAUAGCGAAUGUCUUUUUAAAUUACUUUACAAUGGGUGCCCAAGAAGCUGCAUACAUUAUAUUAGGCCUUGAAUUAUUUAGAUCAUCUAGAGCAACAGUUUUCAUUAACACUAAUAAACCGGAAAACCGAGCUAGAAUGUUAAAAAGCAAAGCUCAACUGGAUCGAUUGCCUCCUAACUCAACAGAUAUAUACAUACAAGAUACUAUUGAUAAGUAUGCUCUUAGACAAGAAAGUUUUGCGCAUUACUGUUUAGCAGACUAUGUUGCUCAAAUUAAAGAUUCUGCAAAAGCUCGAGAUAGCGAAGAUGAAAUUGAAGAAAUGAAUGCUAAUAGACAAAAACCUAAAAUUAUUAGAUUUUAUUCAACUUUUGAAAAUUUUGAAGACAUUAUGAAUAAAUUCACCAUUGAAAAUGACGUUCUUAGCAACUCGGACCUCAACUACAAAGAACUAACUCAUUAUACAGAUGAUUUACUUGGAGCUGAACCGGAAGUCUCAGAGAAUGUUAAAAAUAAUUUAUUACGAAACGUUCCUCUUUUACAAGUUGACGAAUCUGACAGUGAAAUACUUAAUACUCUGAAUGACGAGCAACGGCCAUUUGCCCUUCAAGUUCUUCAUAAUUUCAAGACGGGUGCCAUACCUUUUCACUACAUUUUAAGUGGUGCCGCUGGCACGGGUAAAUCUUACACAGUUAAAGGCAUUGCAAAAUUAGUAACGAAUUAUUUCAACUCCUUACCGAAUGAACCUCUAGACAUGGUGAAAGUAUUAAUUGUAUCAGUAACCGGAAAAGCUGCCUUUCUUGUGAAUGGAACAACUGUUCAUACAGCUUAUUCGUUACCAAUCAGUCAGUAUUCGAAAGAUUUGCCAGAUCUCCGAGCUGACAUUGCUAAUACUAUUCGAAAGCAUUACAGCUCUGUUCGAUUGAUUAUUUUCGACGAAUGGACCAUGUUAGGAAAGCGUUUACUGUAUCAAGCAAACAUCCGACAACAACAACUCUCUGGCAAUAAUGCACCUUUAGGAAACAUCCCAGCAAUUAUGGUAGGAGAUAUAUAUCAAUUAAAUCCAGUUUUUGACAUUCCUCUGUACGAUAAAAGUAAACUAGACUUACGAUUUCUUAAUAUAGAUCAUUUGUGGUCAUUAUUCAAAUUCUACGAACUUAAAACCAUUAUGCGUCAAAAAGAGGAUUUAAAAUUUUGUAGAGCUCUUACCAAUUUUGCAGAAGGACAAUUGACAGAUGAUGAUUUGCGUUUAUUUAACAGUCGAAAUAUACAACAGAAUAAUCUCAAAUUGCCGAAAGACACAAUCCACCUAUUUUUCGACAAUAAAUCAGUUGACGAUUGCAAUGAGAAGUUACUGUCCCUCAAGAAAGGUUAUAGCACUACUUCUAGAGCAAUAGAUCAAAUACAUGGACCAAUCACUGAUACACAAAAAAAAUCUAUCUUGCACACGUACAGUCUUAGACACAAAAAAUUAACUCAAAAUAUAGCGUAUGAAAUUUUUUUAAAAAUUUCUGGCAAGUACAUGAUUGUAUCAAACUUAGAUAUACGUGAUGGUUUAGUGAACGGAACAGUUGGGGAACUCAGACGGAUUGUAGAAAAGAAUAAUGAAAUUAAAGCUCUCUUUUUCGAUUUUAAGGAAGAACGGAUAGGGCGUGAUGCAAGAAAUAAUAUAGACACUCAAUAUAAAAAAAUUGCCGGAAAGUUCACACCCCUUUUAAGAAAAACGAUUACUAUUAAGAAUAAUCACUCCAGCAAAACAACCAUUACUCGAACACAAUUCCCUAUUACAGCCGCAGAGGCAGGAACUAUUCACAAGUCACAAGGAAGUACUUACCCUUCUGUUUGCCUUCAUUUAAAUACCAUUAAAAAGCCAACCACAAAUCUACUAUAUGUAGGAUUAAGUAGAACACCAUCACUUAGAAACUUAUUUAUUGACGGAGAGUUAAAAAGAUCUCAUUCCAAAGUCAACAAAUUACUCCGCGCAGAAUUACAACGUUUACGAACUCAUGCUAAAUUAACUUUACCACUAUUCGAUAAAUAUAAAGAAGGCUGCUUCACGAUCUUCUAUCACAAUGUAAGAACUCUUACUUCACAAAAAAUCCAGGACAUUCCUUUAGAUCCGCUAUUCUCAAAGCAUGAUCUCGUUAUAUUUUCAGAAGCUAAAGUCAGAAAUGUUCCACCAACAGCUUUCCAGCCUUUCAACGUUCAACAUAUCUCUGGAUCGCAACAAACUGACAACUUUCCAAAUAUUUUAUGUUUAGGAAAACAGCCGUUUACAUUUAUUAAAAAUUUUAGAGAAGUAAAGAACAAAAAAGUCUUGGACUUAACAUUAAUUAAAUUACAACAAGUAUACGUUAUAACUGGUUACGCAACACCAACAACAA